UCCCAUGAGCCUUUGCCCCUUUGCGCCGAGAAGGAGAAGGAAGUCAAGAUGGCCGCCGCUCGGCUGCUGCGGGGGCUCCUCUUCCGUCCCUGGCUGCUGCCUCCCCCGGGGGCCCCGCUGCGCUCCUCCUCGACCUCCUCCUCGUCCUCCGGGUGGGAGUUCCUGUCUGUGGAGCGUCGCGGGCGCGAGGGGAGCGUGGCGGUGGUGCGUCUGGAGCGUCCGAAGGCGCUGAACGCGCUGUGCGAGGGCCUGAUGUCGGAGCUGGGUCGGGCGCUGGCCUCGCUGGAGGCGGAGGCCUCGGUGGCGGCCAUCGUGCUGACCGGGAGCGAGCGGGCCUUUGCGGCGGGCGCCGACAUCAAGGAGAUGGCCCCCAAGAGCUUCCAGGAGUGCCUCGGGGGGGACUUCCUGGGCGGCUGGGACCGCGUGGCUCGGACGCGGAAGCCGGUGAUCGCGGCGGUGAACGGGCUGGCGCUGGGCGGCGGCUGCGAGCUGGCCAUGAUGUGCGACGUGGUCUACGCCGGGGAGGGCGCCCAGUUCGGGCAGCCCGAGAUCCUGCUGGGCACCAUCCCCGGCUCUGGGGGCACGCAGAGGCUGACGCGGGCCGUGGGCAAGUCCCUGGCCAUGGAGAUGGUCCUGAGCGGGGCGCGCAUCUCGGCCCAGCAGGCCCAGCAGGCCGGGCUGGUCAGCAAGGUCUUCCCGGCGGAGAGGCUGCUGGAGGAGGCCGUGGCCCUCGGGGAGCGCAUCGCCCGCAACUCCAAGCUGGUGACGGCCAUGGCCAAGGAGGCCGUCAACACCGCCUUCGAGACCACGCUGGCCGAGGGAUGCCGGGCCGAGAGGAGGCUCUUCCACGCCACCUUCGCCACCCAGGACCGCAAGGAGGGCAUGGAGGCCUUCGUCGGGAAGAGGGAGCCCCGCUUCAAGGACCAGUGAGGGGGGAGACCGCUUGGAAAACGCUUUAACGCCUGGUCUGGCUCAAGGCUAUGGCAUUCUGGGAGGUGGAGUUUGUUCCGCUCUAGGCCCCACAACAUACUCCAACUCCCAGAAUGCCAUAGCCUCGAGUCAGAUAGAGUUAAAGUGUGCCAAACCAGGUUAUCCCUCCAUUAUGGACAACAGCAAGGCCUCCCUUGCCUUUCCUUGGACUCAGAAAGGGCUCAUCUUCUCAGCCAUACAGAUGAUUAGUUUCUGUAUUGAAAGAAUUAAUUGGAACCGGUGGUUGUCGUCCCCUUUCCCUUCACAGCAAUGAUUUGGGAGCACCCCACUCGCUUGAAGGUGGAUUCGGAUCACUUAUGGCCCAAAAAGUGUUUUUCUGUUCUCAAAAGGUCCGAAAGGCAUUGCGGAAAUAAUCCCGUUGGAGAGCUCUUGAACUGCCUUGCCUCAGUGUGAGGGGAAUCCUGGGGACUCUAGUUUAUUGUGGCACAAGCAGAGCUCUCCUGACAGAGAAGCCUAAAUGUCUCACAAGCACUAUAGUUCCCAGAAUCCUUUAGCAUUGAGUUAGUUAAAGUAGUUCCAAGCUGGAUUAUUUCCGCAGUCUGUUUCGGCCCUUAGCCUUCUGUGUGCAGUUUGUUUGAGCCUAAUAAAUGACACUGAGAGUGAUGCAACAUGUAGGGGAUAUGUUCCCCACCAACAGCCAUCUUGGAGGUUGGCUGGUUGGCCCUUUCAGUUUCUCCAGUCAUCUUCUUGCCUUCUCUAGAGAGAUCUGGGCUCUUAAAAAUGCUGCCUCCUCCCAGCCGGGAGCUGGAGGCCCCUCAUGCUGGGUACUGGGCUGCAAUUUUAACGGUUGGUUUCUUUCUUAAGGCAAUAAUUGGAAGCUGUGAUUCUCCCUAAUUUCCUUCAAAACGAUGCUUUGGGAAUGCCCCCUUUGGAGGGGAACACCCCAUUUGAAGGAUUGCAUAGUGGUUGUGCCUUCUGUACAUAUCAACUUGAGCCUAAUAAAUGACACUGACAGCAACGCAAGAUGCCAGGAAUAUUUUGGGUUUGCACACACACACACACCCAAGCACAUGCAUCCCUUCCCCACCAACUCCACCCAGGGCCAUCUUGGAGGCAGGCUGGCCAUCUGGAGAAAGGGCUGCUUUAGUUCUUGUAGUCUCCUCCUUGCCUUUCCGGGACAGAAGUAGGCUCUAAAAGCACUGCCUCCUCUUGGCCAGGAACUGGAGGCCUCUCAUCCCGGGUACAGGGGUGCAAUUCUGCUUAUUAGUUUCUUUUUAAGGCAGUAUUUGGAAAUUGUGCUUGUCCCUCAUUCUCUUCAAAACAAAGUUUUUGGAAUGCCCCAGUUCAAGGUGGCCUGGAUUGCACAGAGGUUGUGCCUUCUGUAUCAGUUUGUUUGAUCCUAACCAAUGACACUGGCAGCAAUGCAAGGCGUGGGGAAUAUUUUUGGUUUGUACAUGCAGACGCACAGUCAGAUCCUCUCAGUUUUAACUUCUCCCCUAUUUCCCUCCCUAUUUCCAAAUUUGAGUGAAUUGAAGAAGGUGUGUUAAUGCUGUCUCUUGCCUAGCCUGCUAACUGUAUGCUUUGGCAGGUGUGGUUAUCUUCUGGUUUUAUCUGCUCCACAGCCACCUGGACAGUUCUGCUGCUUUGGAGUUGAAUCUAACCUUUGCCUUUACAUGUGGUUAUACAUGUUUAUGUAAAGUCCAUGAGAUCAAGCUUGUAGCCAAAAAUGUGUUGAGGAAAGGCUGUGUGUAGCCUUAAGGGUAUGUUGGUGAGGGUUAUUUCUGAACACCAUGCAGAGAGAAAUGUGAAUCAAUUUAAUGAUCAUAAGUGAAUUUCUCUAAUAAAAUUACAUUAUUUUAAA